AAAAGCAAUGUCUUUUUGGAGAUAUCUUGCUAUAUUUAUAUGAUGAAGAAUUAAUGAUAGAUAACUUGAGAGUAUUUACAACCUGGCUUGCAGAUUCACUUAAUGUAAAUAAUAAUCAAUUUUUAGAUACAACAAAUAUUCUAUCUGGAAAAAUUAAUAUUGAUAAAAUAACUUUAAUUAACUAUGAUUUUUAA